UGAUUCCAUCCCUAUAUUCCGAAAUCCCAAUGUGCUUCGCGUCUUCUUUAGACGCGGCAUCCUAAUCCUCACACCUCAUUAAAGGAACUUGGCUUUGAUUAAUCCAUCCACGAUUGCACUUCAAUAUUCCUAUCGAUCGGCGCCCUAUUCUACAUCCCCUAACCUGGCCUCAGUCCUUACUAUGUUGGAUAUUCAAGACUUCUCCGACGUCUUCAGCUUCAACCAUCGAUGCCACUAUGCAUCCGCACUGCAGAACGAGAUCCAUGAGAACCGACGCAAACUCCAUGGGCAGCUCUUCAUUGACCGCCUAUUGGAGCUGCUAAACAUCCCAAGUGCACACAUCUACCCUCCCCGAACCAACGCUGAGUUACGCACUUUGCAUGAGAGCAUUACGUCCGCACCGAUUCCCACGCACCACCAACUCUCCCUCCUCUUCUACCUCCUGCUGGACCUCACCAGCACUACUCCUAGCGAGGAAUCAGACGCUACCCGAUUCGCUCAGCGGUCCACCCUCCCUCGAAAGUAUUAUCUCGCGCUGCUUGGCCUCUGGUGUCUAGACCGUCUCGACUUCGUUCACGCCGUGGGCUACCUAACCGAGCCGUCCCUACAGCCCGUCUUUCACGAAGAAAUCCUCGGGGUCUUGCUAGAGCAUUGCGCUGAAGCGGAAGAGGAGAAGGGAGAUCAGAAGGCCGGACUGAAAAAGCAUGGCGGCCACAAUCCUCCAGAAAGCCAACAUCUGCGAGGUCUCCCCAUGUCCUUCUACGUCGCGACCAACAUGCGAAUCACCAGCGAUGACCUGGUGACUCGGUUUUUCCGCUACCGGUGCAGCAUCAGCAUUCCACGAGCUUUCUCCUUCAUGCGCUCACAGCCUGUGGGCCCGCAUCUCCAACGGGGGCUCCUCGAGCUCCUGAUUCACGAAGCGCUGUCAUCCGAGUCGACCCAUAAAGAUCGAGCGAAUCGAGCGAUGCAGUUGAUCAACCUCCCCAUGAAUGAAGACGAGGAUGGCUGGUUUGAGGAGUACCUUCUUCGAGGAAGGGGCCGAUCGCUACAUGGGGCGGCAGAUACGGUAACAAUGAGGAGGAUGGGACUGGGAAAAGUGCGGGAGAUUUUGAAAGAGCGGACAUUAGGCAAUCAAGGUGGCGGUGGACGGUGGGAUCAGUUGCGGGAGGGGUUGCGGAGAGGCAUUGGGGAGAACAUGACGAUUGAUGAAUACCGGCUACAAUGAACCACGAUACGUGGGGGAGUUUUUGGGGUUUGAGCCUUGGAAUUCGAUACCCGAGAGUGUGCAUUUUACCACGAGAUACCAACUUCUAACAUUACACUUGUGCUAUGCGCAGCGCUUCAACAGGCCAAUAGGCCUUCCGAGACUCCGACGCUCUACGCUAAAUGGAAAAGGAUCUACAAUAAAAGCCACCGGUCCGUCACUAUUG